CCUGCCUGCUCUGACAAUUUAUGGUGGGGCUCUCGAUGCGAAUUUUACCCCGCCGUUGGAGAGACGUUGCGGUCGACGGGGAUUCGACAGGGGUUAUUAUGUGACGCUAGACUCGGAGGGGUUUAGCGCAGAAGGUCGAUUUCGAGCAACGGCCAAAGGUUGGGUGGUAGAUCGACUCUCUUUAACUUUGAUCUCAUAUUAAAGUUUGUCAGCUUGUUCCCUUUUUUUCCCUUCAUCGGUUCAACGUGGUACUACUGUACGUGUACGGCUAGGGUCAAACCAUUGAUUCAAUCAAGUUUCACAAGCUUCAAAAAACUGUUGCCUCGACUGGGCCAUCCAUCUCCAUCAACCAUGACAGGAGCCGAGGCCGCAAACAUUGCGGCAAACUCACCACCACCACCACCACCACCUCUCGAGCUCGAACCAUUACCUAGAAACAGUAAUGGACGCCGGCCACUCAGCAUCGAGGAGGUGUGCUUCACCUCGGCCAUGACCUGCUUCGAGGGGUUGCUAAAGCUGGACCCCGCCAUCGGCACAAGAACCAUGUUCUAUGUCACCAAGUUCAUUUCACGGACUCUGGAAAAAACACAUGCCCUCAAGGAUGUCAGGGAAAAUCUGUCAAAAAGCGUCGAGGUCUGGAUAUGGUUAACCAGAGACUUUGCCGCUGCCAUCCCCAGUUUAACAACCCGUUCCAUCGGACCUCUGGCCAGCUUGAAUGAUCCAGACAAGGGCGUCACGGCUCAGGAGAGCACAACUUUGAUCACCAAAAAUUACCAAUCUUUGAGGGACGAUCUUCAGCUGUUGAUCAAGUUGAUGCACAUUGCUAGAAACCUCCUGGUUGUGCCCGAGCCUGAGAUCCCCCAAGAUUUAUGUGCUGCGGCCCAGUUCGACCAGAUGCUCUACCAAACCAUCAUUCUUUGUGUUAAUGUCACAAGUAAGGCUUACGACGGCGAUAUUCUGGAAGAGGGUGCCAGGCUGAAGUUGAGCGAGAUCACCGAGCUGUAUAAGAAACUGCUGGUUACGUGUCUUCAACAAGCCCACAACUGGAUUGCCAAAAAUGACAGAAACAAAAUGUCGUUCUGGUCGACUGUUCUUUUCGACGAGGACGCCAUGGAAGAUAGCAGCCUGUAUGGAGAGGGAGAGUUCCGGCCUGAUGUCGCCAAAACGGAGGUGCAAAACUGGUAUGAGCGCAAUUCCGAGUUUUGUCCCAAAGCUCGCCAACUCCUCGUUGAAUACGAGGAGACGGUGGCACGUCAUGGCAUUCCUCCAGGACAUUUACCAUGCAUCUCACCACUGGCCUGGAACUGGCUGCCAGAAGGCUCGGUGAGGGCCCGUGCGGACAAGGCAUCAGACAACACCAAGAUCACGCCGCAAUGGGUAGAGGACGAGCCCGACAAGUUCACCCAAGACCAGCGUUAUGGGCGCGUGUCACGAGAGGUGGAUGUCUGGUGGCUCAAGAUCCGCGAUCCCAACUACGAAAGCUGGGUGGUUCCGAUGCCGACGGUCGAGUUUGCCCAGCAGAGAACAGAAAACUGCAAGGCCAAUCUCGUCAACCGGUACGCGCAUGCCUACAGGACAGAAGAGCACGAGGUUGAGGACUCGGUGCACUCUGCUGAAGGAAACCCACUACCUGAGGGAUCGGGAGAGCAAGAUGCCAAGGAGGGUGGCCAUUACGCUCAUGACUAUAAUGACGACAUGAUCGAAGAGGAAGACAUUGACGAUGACGAGUCCUACGGGGAAGGUCCCAUGAGUGGCCUCCUCACCGAGGUGCCCAACAUUUUGGAUCCCAAGCAGAUCGAAGCCCUCCACAUGAUUGUCAAGUCGUGUAUUCUCGACAACGCCGGUCUCGCACUUAGUAACGCGGGGGAAAAUCUGCAAAAGACCAGGUGCAGAAUGUUUCUUGCGCUGGAAUGCGGACGGAGUUUGCUUCGGGAAAUACUCGUCUUCAUUGCCGUGUGGGAGAAGUCGGAGCAAUCACUCAUUUUCCAGCUCACGACGCAGAUUGUGGAGGCGAUUCACCAUAGUGCCCUGAUCCCCUACGCCUGGCAGUCGUUGAGAAUACCAAAGGAUAUAAUCUCACCCGCUCAGACAGUCUUGCUGCGGCUGGUCAACAACAUGUUCCGGGCUCGGAAUGCCGAUCCACCAAAAGCAGAGUCGAAGGAGCAUCUUCGAGAUGUCAAGCUUUUGCAUUUCCUGUUUAUUCAGUUCCGUAGUCGGAUUGUACCCGAGUGCGCUGCCUUGAUGCAUCUUCAGGCGCAGAUCAGGAACGAGUUGUGUGAUCCGUCGGAUUUCCCCGUCGACAGCUGGGAUAUGGAGCGUGCAAAGGAUGGGCUGACGCAAUUUUUGGAACUCUUGUCAACGGUCAAUGAGCUACAGGAGACGAGGCAUUAUCUUAUCGAGUGGGAGGCGGCUUACGAGCUGAUCGUGUUGCUCAAGGGGCUUGAGGCCGGUGUAGAAAAGGCAACCAUGGUUCAGCCAGUGCCUGCCCGUUCUGCCCCACGCCAGCAGCAUGAUACCCCCGACCAUGACGAUCACGGUUACGACUCGGAGGACCACCCUCUCGCUCCCCCUCCCCCGCUUCAGGAGCCAGCACACAAGUUCCCCUGGGCUGGCAUAAAAGGCCAGAUCCUCCAUAUUCUGGCCGGUCUGCUCCAACCACCCAACGGGCGAAACGGUCCCGGCAACCCGGAGGUCCAAGACCAAAUCCUCCGCCACAACGGUCUCGUCCCCCUACUCAACUGCUGCGUCUACGACGACCACAACCGGUUCGCAAGAGAGCGGGUUCAGAUCUGUCUCAAGUGGUUGAUGGACGGCUCCAACGCGGCUAACAAAUUCCUGAGGGAUCUGGUGGCCAUGAACCCCCAGCCUAGCCCACAACAACUCGCGCAACAGGCGGCUCAACAGGGUCUUAGGGUAGACGGUCUGCCAUCAGAUGUUAGAGUUCGCACCCGGGGGGCGCAAGAUGAAGCCGCUCCUCCUCCGAGACCUAACCUGAGCGCUGUCCACGCCCCCUCAAGCAGGUCCCUGCCUCCCCUGGUAGCGACGAAUGCUGGGCCGGGGAAUCCAGGGGGCCCUCCUCCUCCGCCGCCACCGGGACAUGUACCUGUCACGGCGGUGUUGGAGGUGGAGGUGGAUGAGAAUGGGGAGAUUGAUAGGGAUACGCUGAAGGAACAUAUAUUGCCUCCGAUCAGGGGGGGUGGUGGUCAACAAGGGGAGAGGAAUAGGUCAGAGGAGUUGUUGAGGAACAUCAUGACUUUGGCGGAUGAGCAGGCUGCUGCUGCUGCUGUUGCAGCGGGGGCGGGGGUGGGGGUGGUGGAAGGUGGAGUGAUGGGGGGAAAUAAUAAUACUCAUCCGAGGAAUCGGUCGGAGGAGUUGUUGAGGGAUAUUAUCACGUUGGCGGAUGAGGCGGCGAGGUUGGCGAUGAAUAGUCGGCCUGGGGGGGAUGGGGAGGGGGAUGAGACGGAGGAGGAGGAGGAGGUGGAGGAGGAGGAGUUUAUGUGA